AUGUUCCUUGACACGGCAUUCGAGUUUCUGGACCUCAACGCACAGAAUACAAUCCAAGUACAAUGGAUCCCCGGGCAUCACGGCAUAGCAGGAAAUGAGCGCGCCGAUGCGGAAGCCAAAGCAGCCUGUCAGGAAACAUCCACCACUACCAAAACAACGCUGUCACACUUCUACCGCACGCUCCGAGCAAACUUCGAGCAACAAUGGACGACCUCCUGGGCAUCCCACCCCAAGAGAGGUAGAUACGCCAUAGCCGACGCACUGCAACCAUCCAUGAAAGGCAGUCACGCCUUCCGCACCCUCGACCGCAAGUUGUUUGGCCUAGUCACCCAAGCUCGCACCGGGCACGGCCACUACGGCGCAUACUAUCGCGACUUCAAUAUCCCGGAGCCACACGA